AGAUGGGGAUAUUUCGACUGGUUGGUGUGUUUGUCUGUGGUUUGUUUGUGAUGGAUCUUAUCAAUUCAGUACGGACUAACAUGACCGAUAAAACGUGUACAGAACGAUAUACAUACACCCGUGUAGAGAUUUAUGAGGGAUACACGUCCUGUCCUCACUAUGAACAAGUCUGUAAUGGUUGGUUCCUCAGCAGAAGAUGUCGGACGUACACAAGGUAUUAUCUUUGUCCCCGACAAAUGUCACGGAUAGUUUAUAAAUCUCAGAAUUUACCUGUAUGUUGCCCUGGUUACCAGGAAUUAGCCAAUGGAACUUGUUUAAGAGCAUGUACAGAAAAUAUGUAUGGGGAGCAAUGUCAGUACAAAUGUAACUGUUCUAACCAUGCAUACCAGGACUGUGAUAUCGACACCGGAAACUGCACGUGUCUUCCAGGCUGGACCGGAAGUAAUUGUGACCAAGUGUGUCCUGAUGGGUGGUUUGGUUCCUACUGCGAUCGCGAGUGUCUCUGUCAGAACAACGCCACCUGCAGUCCACUAGAUGGCGCUUGUAAUUGUACAUCUCCAGGAUGGACAGGAGAAUUCUGCGACAAGGAGUGUAAUUCUACAAAAUAUGGACAAAACUGUCAGGGUAACUGUACGUGCAGUAUCAACCAAACGUGUGAUCGCAUGAAUGGCUUAUGCAGAUGCAUGGCUGGCAGAACGGGAAGAAACUGUACCGAAGAAUGUCCUCUGUUUAAAUUUGGCCCUGAUUGCAGCAAGAAUUGCUCAUGCAAACAUUCCACCGGAUGUGAUGCUGUUAACGGAGAGUGUAUUUGCGAAGCAGGAUUCACAGGGAAGAAGUGUCACAGAGUUUGUGCCACUGGAACAUUUGGUAAAGGAUGCAAUCAGACUUGUAACUGUACAGAUGCCGAGAUCUGUAAUCCGGUGACGGGAGAAUGUGUCUCACGAUGUGUUUGCCAUGAAAGAGGUACCGCUAACUGUCACACCUUGUAUGAUUCCUGCAAAUGCUUACCCAACCACAACCACACUUGUCAUUCUGAAAGUUGGUUUGCAAAGGAAAAGUGCAGAGAUGUCUGUGAGUGUAUAUCGCCGGACAGUACUUGCUGCGUUGCGAAUACAUCUAGAUGUCAAUGUAAAGACGGAUGGACAGGUCCAAAAUGUUCUAAAGAAUGUCCUCGAGGAACCUUUGGGAGACAUUGUGCCAACUUCUGCAACUGUUCAGCAGACGACCAAUGUCAUCACGAGACUGGUGCUUGUAUUUCCAAGAGAAAGCCAGUGGCGGAGAAAUCAGUCUCUACUAAAUCGAGACAAACCUUCUGGAUAAUUUCUGGGGGAUUUCUAUUACUGCUUGUUGUCAUGACGAUAUCUCUGAUCAUCUUUCUAAGGAGUAAGCAUGCUGUAUCAAGAACACCAAGAAAACAUUUUUGUCAAAACUCGGACUGCUUUAAUUGCUGUAGACCAAAUAAAAAGGAAUCUUUAGCGACGCAGAGAUACACGGAGCUACAAGAAGAUUUGGACUGGGUCGUUCAUGAUGAGGAAUACGAUCAUUUAAAUAGGUCCGGACAGGCCAAGUUCCAGCUCCAGUUAGAAUAUGAUCCAACCUACAGUCAUGUGUCUGACAACAGUACUGCAUACAGUGCUAUAACAUCAUCUUCUAACACAGUGACUUCAGAGGGCGAUUAUAGCCAUAUUAGUCUAGGGAAUGCGACUUACGACACUCUGGAGAACAAAAAAGUGAAGUUUUCCGAUAAUGCAAACACAAGUUGAUGCCUGUCUUCUUGAUAAAUCGUCAUUCUUAUGACAAUAUUCUAAUGAUAAAUAAUUAUAUAAAUGUAUCCUGGUCAUGGCACCAGUUUAAUGGUUGAAUAUGGUUGUAGGACUUUUGCCUAAAUUUUAAUUAAAAUCGAAAUGUGUGAAUAAUGAUGACUGUGGACUCGUAGUCAUAUAUUUUAAAUGUGACCAAUAAAAACGAUCGAUUUUUUGGAUCUGAUUCAAUUCAUGAGGUGUUACAAAAAUACACUAAUUAUUACGACUGAGCAAAGUUUGAGUGACUAUUC